GUAUAGCAACACUGGUGGGGCUUUGAAUGGCCAGAGUCUUUUCUGUAGUCUUAAACACUAGAUAGACAGAUAUAGACCGCCUCACGGGUCCAGAUCCACCAAUCUCGAAUGGCCAGAACCUUCAUCUACCGAGACCGUUGGGCAGCCGCCGUUGUGGCACCCGUGGUUUUUUCCUGCUUCAGGACAGACAAGCCCAAUGUGCUAGGAAGUACAGGAAAGCUUGGCUCCCCAGAUGGGGCAGGUGGGGCUCUGCAGGUCACCAGAAAGCCAGAUCCCUAUGAGAAGCAGCGGGAGGAGGCCGAGGCGCGGUUCUUCGACUGCCCGGCCGAAGCGCAGCGCAUCGCGCUGGCACGCCACAAGUUCCCGCGCAAGGACACUGGGGAACCAAUUGCUGAGGACGACGAGCAGCCCGUGCGGCGGCGCAUCGCCGGUUUUCGCCUGGGCUUUGAGAAGAUCUUCAAGACCACGUCGAUUAGACUGCCUGUCUCUGCCUACAUUGUCUAUGCAGAGAUGCGGUCCUCUCAUACCAACGAGGUCUUCUGCCGCUGCUUCAAUGGGCUCCACACCAUCUACGACCUGAAGAAGUGGAUCUAUGAGAAGCUUCUGCUACCGAUGAACGCCUAUGAGCUCUCCUAUGCCGAAAGUGGCAAGGUACAGCUCACGGAUAACAUGCGCCUGCUUACCACUCAGGAUUCCUUGGAUGCUCGUUCGAUGGCCACCAUGCGAAGCUGCCAAGACAUGUCGCAAGGCAUUCCUGGUAUUCACUCCAUCGGAGACAUCGGCGUCACCAGGCUCUACGUGAGGCUCAAGUGCCGUACCUGUGGCGACCUCCUGAAUAGCGCGUCCACGUGCCGAAAGAAAAAGCAAAUGGGCCACAUAGAACCUGCCUUUAAUGGCCGAAAGCCACAGGGGUUUAACUUCUCGCGGCCGGCCUCGCCCGAGAAGGUGAAGCUUCGGCAGCAAAGUACCGAGAGCUUCGGGCGGCCGCACAUCUCGGGACCGCCAAAGCCGGAGGCCGAAGUUCUGGCGGACAUCGAAGAAGGAUGGUGA